AUGGAACGAGAUGCAGAGACAAGUACUAGCAAUGCCAUUGUUGAGUCAACCUCUCAAGGGUCGGAUUUAGAUCCGAUAGCUCGAGUGAGGAAGCUCUUGUUCCGCCAAAUGCUCGUUGGAAUCAAAGACGGGAGAUUCUUCCUGGGCAAUUUCCAUUGCAUUGACAAACAAGGAAACAUAAUUCUCCAAGACACUGUUGAGUAUCGUAGCAUAAGAAGAUCGUCUCCUUCGCCUACCGAACAACGUUGUCUCGGUAUGAUCUUAUUGUAG